AUGGAGAAGGCAGAAGUACAGCAGAAACUCAACAGAAUCCUCGCUCCUGUCACCGUUCAGACCGACUUUGAGCAAGCCGCCAUCCGAGCUAUCGAGACUGAGGUUCCUGCAGCCAGAGUGAGAGGAUGUUACUUUCACUUCACCCAAGCCAUCUGCAGGAAAGUACAAGACUUGGGGUUAGCUGUCCCAUACCAAGGAGAUCCUGAGGUCAGACGCUGGGUCAGAAGAGCAUCAUUCCUGGCUCUGUUACCAGAAGCUGACGUCCAAGAUGCAUGGAUCGACGCCAUGGACGAUACGCCAGAACUAGACAACGCUCAGAGAUUUAAUGAUUAUAUUGUAACAACUUGGGAUGAUGAUGAUGCUAGAUUCCCCAUCCCUCUAUGGAAUCACCACCGAAACAUUGGACCUCGCACGAACAAUAAUCUGGAAGGCUUCCACUACUGA